AUGGGUCAUUGGGCUAUACCAUCCCUGAAAGUACUUGUACCUGGAAAUAAUAACGGUUCCUGCUUCGAACCUGUUAAUGAACUCGCUAAACUGAACGAUGCAGCUCUGCCUAAAGCCCUUGAAGAGUUGGAGAUCAAACUAGAUGGAUUUAAAUACUCCAUGCAUUAUUUGAAUAUUUCUUUUGGUGAAAGGCAGAACAAUCCCCAUAAAUAUGAAAAGUAUAGCAUGUUUGGGAAGCGGUCCAUACGAGGAAUUGACAGCUGCGGCGGGAGGAGGGUUGUGACAGAAUAUGAAUUAUGUUCAGAUCCUAGUGAAUAUGUGUUCUUCGACUCCCGGCCAUCUUUCCGACAAGGCCAACGAGCAGAUGCGAAGCUCAUGUGGGAGUGGAACACCCACUAUUACGGGGCCUUACAUCUGAAAGCAUUGUUUCAAGCAUCAUUGAUUUGA